AUGGCCAACCCACUCGACACAGACGCCGGCUCGGAGCUGUUCAGCAGCUACGAGGCAGAACUCAAACUCGUUCAAGCCGACCUGAACCAGAAAUUAGAUCAGAUCGCAGAAACCACCGGCGAACAACGCAAGUCGGCCAUAGGACAGGCAGAGAGGGCGCUGGAUGAGGCAACUGAACUGUUGGACCAAAUGCGCAUGGAGAAACAAAACAUCCCCUCCAACGCCCGCUCAAAAGUCAACGUUCGCUUCCGCAACUACUCCAGCGACAUCGACGAACUCAAACGCAAACUCAAAUCUCUCUCCGACGACCGUCGCGCCUUAUUCGGCGAUCGAUAUACGGAUGACCCCGAAGCUGGGGAUGUGCAUAUGGAACAGAGACAACAACUCCUGUCAGGCACAGAGAGAUUGGAGCGCAGUUCGGCUCGGUUACAGGAAAGUCAGCGGCUUGCGCUUGAGACGGAGGAUAUUGGUCGUGGCACACUUGCCGAUCUGCAUCAGCAGCGAGAGACAAUUGAGCGGACGAGGCAGAAUUUGCAUCAGAGUGAGGGUUAUGUUGAUACGAGUAUUAAGACAUUGAGGGGAUGGCUACAAAUCGGAUAA